CUCAUUGUUAUCACUAGGUCUGGGAUCAAAUUGACGACAAUUAACUCUGUGACAGACCUUUACAGCUACAACAUACCACAGUGCCCAUCUCACAUGAACAUUGUAAACAUUCUAAAGAUUUUACGAAAAAGGCACUAUGACGGAAAAUCGAAAACGUAAACUAGUCAUCAUCCUGAUCAUGGUUUUAACGGUGAUACUUUACCUGACAAAUCUGAAAGCCACCAAUGACGUAUUCGUAAAAUUUCUGAAAGGAGAGACGCCUCUUAAUUCAUCUAAGGACGAUACGGAGGCCACCAAUGAGGUGUUCGUAAAUUUUUUGAAAGAAGCGAUGCCUCUUAAUUCAUCUAAGGACGAUACGCACUCAAUACACGCCAACAAUGUGAAAUCAAAACAUUCCAACAAUCCCAAGUCAGAACACUACAGAAACCCGAAAUCAGAAUAUCCCAGCAAUCUGAAGACAGAACACUUACAGCCAGAACAUCCCAGCAACCCGUAUAUUUUAACAAAUGUAUCAUCGCAUCUCAACACUAGAAGUUCUAAUAAAUCUAGGUCUAAUAAAAAGAGACGUAUUACAAUACAUUGGUAUAAUAGACCAUCUGGGCUAUCUUCACAGACACUAAGAAAUUGGUUUUCCCAAUGUAACGAUUCUUGUAUAUACACUGAGGAUAUCAACAGUGAUAUUCUAAUUUUCGAUGGCGACUCAUUAGCUGGAAACCCACCAGUCAGGAGAAAUCCAAAUCAAGUUUGGGUCUUUCGCGAGAUGGAAUCACCGGUUAUUACUUCUUCUCACCAAUGGCUCAAGCCGUCAUGGCGGAAUAAAUUUAACAGAACGUUUACGUAUCGCGUAGAUUCGGAUCAAUUUACUCCAUAUGGUUUUUAUAGAAAAAGAAAAGAGCCCCUAAAGAAAAAUAUCACGGCCAUCAUGAAACAGAAGUUCAAACUGGUAUCUAUAUUUUCCAGUAAUUGUGGUGUACCGAGUCAACGUGAAAAAUAUAUCAACUUGUUACGAAAGUACAUACCCGUUGACUUCUAUGGAAGAUGUGGCAAUCUAACGUGUCCUAAAUCCCACGACUGUUUUAUAUCAAAUGCGAAAACUUACAAAUUCUAUCUGUCCUUUGAGAACAGUCUGUGUAGAGAUUACGUAUCUGAAAAGUUCUUUCGCCCUGAAUCACUAGACAUUGUCGCCGUAACGCGGGGUGGGGCAAAUUAUUCAAAAAUAGCCCCAGCAAAAACUUACAUUGAUACAAGCGAUUUUAAAUCAGUAAAAGACUUGGCUAAUUUUCUUCUAUACUUGGAUAGAAAUGAUACAGCCUAUAGACAAUACCUUGAAAAUAAACAGAGUUAUGAAUCUAUAUAUAGUUGGUUCGGAACUGGAGACAAUUCCAUGUUUAUGCACAAACUAAGUCAUUGUGGUUUAUGUUACAAGGCCAGAUUGUGGCUUAAUGAAAAAAAAGUGUACGAUAAUAUUGGUGAUUGGUACGAGAAAGAAAUAUGUCAUAAGCCUGCAGAUAUUCAUUAAAAUACGAAACGUUUGUUUUUAGAUACAA